GCGGCGCUCAACUAUAAAUAAAUAAUGUGCGCAAUGUUGGAUAUGUACACAUUACAUUUCAGUUGUCGGUCAAAUAUAGUCGAAAUUUAGUUGUCGUGUAAGGAUUUUCACGCGUAUAAAAUGAUAAUCACCAAAAUUAAUAUAGUUGUCCUUUUGGGGCUUCUGACAAUUUGCCAUUCAGCGCCAGUUCCUACAUUCGGUGGUGGUGGAAAAGAACACGUUCACAUUAGAAUUCAUUUGAUUCAACCUCAUGAAGAAGAAUCCCAUCAAUAUCAUGUAACACAUUCUGGAGGACAUGAUGAACAUGACGGUCAUGGUCAUGGCGGAGGUGAUAUAGGCGGUGGCCAUGGAUUCGGCGGUGGUGAUAUUGGUGGUGGUCAUGGAGGCGGUGGUCAUGGAGGCGGUGGUCAUGGAGGCGGGGAUCAUGGAUUUGGCGGUGGUGAUUUUGGGAGUGGCCAUGGAGGUGAUGAUCAUGGAUUUGGCGGUGGACAUGGAGGCGGUGAUAUUGGCGGUGGUCAUGGAAUAGUUCAUUCUUCAGAACAUGUUCAUCACGAAUCAGGUGGCGGUCAUGGAGGUGGUCAUGGAGGUGGUGAUAUUGGUGGUCAUGGAUUUGGCGGAGGUGAUAUUGGCGGCGGUCAUUCCGGUCAUGGAGGUGGCGAUAUUGGUGGUCAUGGAUUUGGCGGAGGAGAUUUUGGCGGUGGUCAUUCCGGUCAUGGAGGUGCCGAUAUUGGUGGUGGCCAUGGAUUCGGCGGUGGUGACAUUGGCGGUGGCCAUGGAUUUGGCGGUGGUGAUAUUGGCGGUGGCCAUGGAUUCGGCGGUGGUCAUGGAUUUGGAGGUGGUGAUAUUGGCGGUGGCCAUGGAUUUGGUGGUGGCCAUGGAUUUGGCGGUGGCGACAUUGGCGGUGGUCAUGGAUUCGGCGGUGGCGACAUUGGCGGUGGCCAUGGAUUCGGCGGCGGUGAUAUUGGCGGUGGCCAUGGGCAUUCUGGUGGUGGAAUUGAACACCUAUCAAGCGGAUUUUCUAGUGGAUUUGGAGGAGAUUACGGCAGUAGUGGAGGCGGUCAUGGAGGUGGUCAUGGAGGUUGGCAAGUCUCAUCAGGAUCGCAUGGUGGAGAAUCUUAUCAAGGAGUUGACAGUUAUAGUCCCAUUCCAUCUGGUCACGGCGGAGGCCCGUAUCCAUAUUAA